AUGACUGACUUAAUUUCCUUGUUCGGAGAGACUUCUGGCACAUCCGCCGUCAAACAUAUGCAGUCGAUCAUGCUUAGUGAUCCCGAAGGACGUCAGAUCCUCGAUGAGAGACCUCGCAUUCGCAGCAGUACGAUUGACCUUGAGUAUUUGCGGAAACUUCCCCCGAACGCAUUUGGCCGGCAUUAUUCAGACUUUCUAACCAACUAUCAUUAUAGUCCAGAUGAACGGAUGAUGGUUAACUUCAUGGAUGACGUCGAUCUAGCCUACGUUAUGCUACGUUAUCGUGAAAUUCAUGACUUGGUUCACGUUCUUCUUAAUCAACCUACGAAUAUGCUUGGAGAAGUUGUUGUUAAAUGGGUGGAAGGUUUACAGUGCAGUCUGCCACUUGGACUUUUUGGUGGAUAUUUUGGAGCCCUGCGUUUAGCUCCACUCCAAACAAAGAACUAUCUUUCCUCACAACUUGAAUUUGCACUUCGUGUAGGAUUGCAUUCGCGAAACUUCAUGUGCGUUUUCUUUGAACGGUACUGGGAAAUGGACAUUGAUGAAAUGCGUGCUAAACUAAAUGUCCCAACUCCUCCAGAAUUAAAGUACAAACCGCGGAAGAAAAUGACUGCAUCUCCAGCGACUUAA